AAGACAGUCAUAAGAUUUUUUUUCGUGGUGAACAGUGUUAAUAAAUAGUGGAAACUAACUUGAAUGAGCAUAACUAAACCUGAUAUUGAAAAUGAGCAUCCCUUUAGUGUGUUCCAAUAUAGAUUCUUUGGUCAUCACCAAAACAUUGUAGUGAGGGUUAUUUUUAUUACCUUUUUACCUAUAUAGUUUCACAUUACUUCAUUAAAAUAGUUUAACCUGACUGGCCUGUUUCAUAUAGGGUAAGUAGAUUAUCAAAUGGAAAGUUGAUACCUGUCUCUCUUUAUAACUGAAAACAAUGUAUGGAAGUUUGAUUUGUCAAAGUUUUGUUGUUUUCAGGUAUAAUUUAGUUAAAAUUAUAAGUAAACAUUAGAUAUACAGUAAACUGCAUCUGUUAGAUAACAAAGCUGAUUUCUCUAUCAGUGUGGUUUUCUAUUUCUUGAUUGUAUGUAUAAUUGUUAUAUUACAGAAUUGUAUUAUGCCCAUGUAUACAUUGAAGUGAAGAUUAAUUACGCUAAAAAUGUUUGUGACAUUGUGUAAUGGCAAUCCUGCAGCGGUUAACUUAGUAUUUGUGUCUCAAUAUAUGGAUGAUAUGACUGGAUAUUCUCUUAAAUGGAGUCCGGGGGUCAACAAUGUUUUAUUAAUCAAUGAAUUUGUUAAAACAAUAACAGGGAACCAGGUAACUUUCGAACAAUAUAAUAGAUUUAGAAAUCUACACUUUUUUUGGAAACUUUCAAAAGCUGAAAUUCCAAGUAAUUCACGCUUGAAGCUGCCUAUUCAUAGAUGGGAGCCUGCAUGCCUCAGACGAAGUUGUUCAUGUUUUGGCAGAAAGAUUUUUUUCUUUCGUUUAUAGCAAAUAAACGGAAUUCACGAUUAUUUGUUUAUGACCGUUCAUCGAUCGGUUCCAAAAUCGGUUCAGAAUUAAUCGCGUUACAGUCGAUUUUCUAGUUAACUCUGCAUCUUUCAAUAUAUAUUGUAUUUGUUUACUAGCGGCUCUUGACCGCUCCAGUAUGGCAGACGCGCAAACGCAUAGCGGCGACAGCCAGCAGCGGUCAAUGAGGUAUCUAUGUUUUUAUAUCUAUGGCUUUGGCCAUUUUGUUAGGUCAUUUCCUCUUUCCCAGGACAGCUAUUGGUUAGUUGAUAUCACGUGAUAAUGUGCGGAUCCGGUCGGCUACGAAGUCAGCUUCCUGCCCGGUAGGGAGGAGAACGUAAAUAGUCUUUGUGCGAUCAUUUUUGACGUACGCCGACGCUUCGCUGACCAUGGUAAAAUGCAUGGUCCAGGGCUGCCCAAACAAAAGUUACCCCGACUCGGAGUUUACGAAUCGACCUCGCAAGCGGUUUUUCAGCUUCCCCAAGGACCAGGCCCGGGUUAAAGUGUGGCUCGCCGCUCUCAGAGAGACGGACAAAGUUCCUUCGGAGGAGCACCGGAUCUGCGAGGACCACUUUCUGAAAGAUCAUAUCACACAGCACGGGAUCAGCGAAGAUGCCAUUCCUAUUAUGCCCCCAUAUCUGGACGGGACGCUGGCUUUGCCUGCUGAAUCUGAAGAGCUCGCCGACCUGUCGGACGUGGACGAUUUGCAGAAUGACUACAAUGGAGACAGAGUUGAUGAGGACCAGACGUGGGAGAAUGAGGCCUGUGAAGGUUUUGAGGACGACGCUGAGAAUAACCACAUAAAAACUGAAGAAGAGGCUGACCCAAAAGACAGUAUUCCCAAAACGAAAGGCAACAGACCACCACCCUCCUCGCAGACAAAGUACAGGUGUGACGUAUCACUGGGGCGGCUCACCAAGCGCUUCAUGGACCUCCUGUACAUGGCUCCAGAGGGUGUGCUGGACCUCAACGAGGCGGCCCGGCUGCUCGGAGCACGUAAGAGGCGGGUCUACGAUGUCACCAACGUGCUGAGUGGCAUCCAGCUCAUCAAGAAACGGACCACCAACCAGAUCCAAUGGGUUGGUUCCAUUCCUACCAGUGAGUUGCCCAGCCAGUGGCUUCUGAAGCUGAGGGAAGAGCUGCUGAACCUGACAGCUGUGGAAGAAGCCCUGGAUGAGCUCAUAAAGGACUGCGCUCACCAGCUCUUCUCCCUGACAGAUCAGAAGGACAUUACUGACUCAGCCUAUGUGACACAUGAGGACAUCUGCAGGAUCAAGGCUUUCCAGGACCAGGUGAUCAUUGCGAUCAGAGCUCCUGAGGAAACCAAGCUGGAGGUCCCUGCUCCCAGGGAGGAUAGCAUACAGAUCCGCUUGAAAAGCUCAAAAGGCCCAAUCAACGUGCUGCUGUGUGAGACAGAUGGGAUCGACGGGAGCCAGGGGGCAGUGGGGACUGAGUCGGGCCACUUCAUGUCUCUGGAAAAUGGCAGGAUUCAUGUGACAGCCCUCCAAGCAGACUCCUCCCAUUGAUGUGUGCAUGGCACCAAAGGGAGCUUCUCUUCUGCUGUAGGAAUCUCCAAACCCUACAGAUACCAAGUAACACUAAACAGCCUAUUUUCAAUCUGGACUUCUCAUUGUCAAGGAACCCUCAUUCUUGGAGAAGUGGAUUGCUGUUCUUUUGGAAAUUGAAUGACAACAAAUCAAUGGACCAGACCCCAUGGUUUACAUACUUGAGAUUUUAAGAAUGGUCAGAUGAUCGUACAAAGAUUUAUUUUUAUAUUUAUAUAAUAUAUGUAUGUAUAUGUAUAUAUAUGUAUGUAUAUGUAUAUAUAUGUAUGUAUAUGUAUAUAUAUGUAUGUAUAUAUAAUGAGAAAAACAACAUUGUGGUUUGCUUUGCUGCAUUGCCGAAUGCCUUCGGUUUCCUUGUUCAAGUUACGUGAUGGAAAGUGGUAGCUGGAAUAUUUCGCAGAUCAAGGUGGUGGCCUGUCUGUUCCCUCCAGUUCAGUGUAGUUUAUCUGAUCAGGCAUUGCCGUAAUCGUACACAUGCAAGUCACCUCCCCACUCGCUGUUAGUUAUGGAUUUGUAUCGAAACAAGUGAAAAAUCAUUUGAAACCACUAGUGUAAUUUACUGCAAAUUCUUAAUUCUGCUUUAUAUAUUUUAAUGUAACCCUAAAGGGCUGCUUGUUAGUUUUAAAUGUACCACCGGAAUUUUAUGCCAAGGCCAGUGGGACCUAUAAAGGUUUCGCAGGGAAUGCUGAAUGAACCAAUGUUGUUUGUGUUUUGAAUUGAGUCUAAUGGUUUGCAUCAAGGGUAUGUGUCAUUGGUCUGGUGCACCGAGUGGAAAUGCCCGUAUAGCUCAUCCUUACUUUAUCACCCAUGCCAUUUAAUAUCAAUAACUGAAUUUACAAUGUGAUUUGCCCCUAUUUUGUUAUUCCUUCUGUAAUGCUUUAUAAUAUGAGCUUCAGAGCGUUGUUUUUUCCCAACGCUUUAACAAAAAAUUUGACUUGUCUGCCA